GGAGGAAAGGACGACUUCGUUACGCUUGGAGAAGGGGGCGGGGCCUGCAACGUCGGACAGAACGAGGGGACGCAACGGAGGCAGGCCGGAGCCGCUGCCGUCGCCAUGACCCGCGGUAACCAGCGCGAGCUCGCCCGCCAGAAGAAUAUGAAAAAGCAGAGCGACUCGGUUAAGGGAAAGCGCCGAGAUGACGGGCUUUCUGCUGCCGCCCGCAAGCAGAGUGCCCCAUCAUCUCUACCCCCAGGGACUCGGAGAUCAUGCAGCAGAAGCAGAAAAAGGCAAACGAGAAGAAGGAGGAACCCAAGUAGCUUUGUGGCUUCGUGUCCAACCCUCUUGCCCUUCGCCUGUGUGCCUGGAGCCAGUCCCACCACGCUCGCGUUUUCUCCUGUAGUGCUCACAGGUCCCAGCACCGAUGGCAUUCCCUUUGCCCUGAGUCUGCAGCGGGUCCCUUUUGUGCUUCCUUCCCCUCAGGUAGCCUCUCUCCCCCUGGGCCACGCCUGGGGGUGAGGGGGUUACCCCUUCCCAGUGUUUUUUAUUCCUGUGGGGCUCACCCCAAAGUAUUAAAAGUAGCUUUGUAAUUUC